AAUAAGCUUAAAAUUGUUAUUUUUAAGUUUUUAUGCUAUUAAAAUUAGCUACAAUUUUUUAAAUAAAUACAAUUUCCUCAUUGUUUUCAUUUGACUCCAGCGGUGUCUGGCUCAUCUAUCGUUCCUUCGCCAUCUUGGCCCAAUAGCAGCUGAAGCUGAAAAUGGCAAACCGACUGCUGAGCUUGACUGCGCGCCAGGCGUCUAAACUGCAGAAGGCAUGCAUGAGUUCUGUUGUGUCCAAGACCGGUAAUCGGGAGGUGGUCGGCUAUGGCUUCAACGGCCAGAUCAACUAUGCUGACCGCGUCGACUUCCCCAUGCCAGCAGUCCGCUUCCUGGAGAACACCCCUGACAUCUUGGCAUUGAGAGAGAAGGAGAAGGGCGACUGGAAGAAACUUAGCGUUGAAGAGAAAAAGGCUCUGUACAGGGCUAGCUUCUGCCAGACAUUUGCCGAGAUGAAGGCUCCCACAGGCCAGUGGAAGAGUAUUGUUGGUAUUACAUUGCUCAUCUCAUCGUUGUCCCUCUGGGUAUACAUGGCCAUGAAGAAGUUUGUCUACAAGCCACUGCCAGUGACCUUCGAUGAAGAUAGAGUCCAGGCUCAGCUGCAGCGCAUGAUUGACCUCAGAAUUGAACCCAUUGAGGGCCUCACCUCCAAAUACGACUACGAAAACAACAGGUGGAAGGAAUAAGCAGCCGUUUCAGAAUGCUUCUGCCACCCGUUGGAUUAGUCCAUGUAAUAGCACCCAGGAAAACAAAAUCGGCCCAGGUGCCCACAGAUUUUCACUAUUCCGUUCAAAGUUCUCGUACUUCUUUCACCAAAAUCGAUGCAUUAUUGUCCCUUUGUUGAACAGUUGUUGUGUAAAUAAAAUAAAAAAUGAGGUGCAGUGUAGUUACUACAUUCAAAUAAACACUUAAUUAAUUUAAAACAAAGGAAGAAA